AUGUCAGGAGACCCUUUCUUAUCUGAUCCGUCAAAGAAACGGAAGAGAGCUAGUAAAGUUACAAGCACUAUUCGGAAAUCUAAUAAGAGCUCACGAGAUACAACACCAGCCAUUGAAAAUGAUGAAGAGAUUUCGAGCGAGUCAGAAACAGAAGCUAUUGAACAAGAAGAUGGGGAGAAUGAAGAAUUAGACUCAGAUGAAGAAUUCGCAACGGAGAAUGCCGCUGAUAAAAGAAGAAGAUUAGCCAAACAAUAUUUAGAUAACUUGAAAGCUGAUGAAUAUGAUUUUGAUGCCAAAGAUAUGGAUGAUGAUAUUAUUGGUAGAAGAUUACAAAUAGAUGUAGCUGAAAAUCAAGGUCAUGUUUAUAAGUUUUGGGGUGAUAAGAUUUCAUCUCAAUUAGAUGAUGAACAAGUUAAAGCUCAAACUACAAGAAUUGGUUCUAAAAAUGUCACCGCUUUAGCUGUGAGGUAUCCUAAUCUUUACACUGUCUCUAAGGAUACGGAAUUGAUUAAAUGGAAUGUUGAAAAGAAGAAACCACAAAGAAUAAGGCAUACAAAGGGAGGAAUGAAAUAUGUUAAAUUACAUAAAGCUCCUCAUUUAAACCACCAUUGUGAUCAAAUUAACUGUGUUGCUGUAUCUUCAGAUGGGAAAUACGUUGUUACUGGAGGAAGUGAUUGUAGAUUGAUUAUUUGGUCAUCAGAGACACUUUCAUGUCUUAAAGUUUUAGAAACAAGAGCUGCUGUUAAUUCUAUUACAUUUAGAAGAGGUUCAGAUCAAUUAUAUGCUGCUUGUGCUGACUUGAAGAUCCGGACUUUUUCAAUUAACCAAUUUGCACAAUUGGAAGUACUUUAUGGUCAUCAAGAUAAUAUUAGUGACAUAUCUGCCUUAACGAGAGAGACUUGUGUUUCUGUUGGGUCUAGAGAUAAAUCAGCUAUGUUUUGGAAGAUUUCAGAAGAGUCAAGAUUGACCUUCCGUGGUGGUGACUCAACAGAGAAGCGUAAGAAUAAAAAGAAUAAAAAACUGGACGAUAAUGAUGAUCAUGAUGAACAAAAUGAAGACGAUUUCUUCUAUGAAGGGUCUAUUGAUGUGGUUUCAAUGAUUGAUGAAUCUCAUUUUGUUACUGGCUCCGAUAAUGGUAAUGUUUCCCUUUGGUCUCUUGCUAAGAAGAAAUCACUUUAUGGAAAACGUGUAGCUCAUGGAUUGGAACCUAAAAUAGAGUCUUCUUUAGCAAGUGCCGAAACAAAUAUCAAUGCUGCCUUAGCACAAAUCCCCAAACCUCAACCUUAUUGGAUUACCACCAUUCAUGCGGUACCAUUCUCUGAUAUCUUCCUUACUGGGUCAUAUAACGGAGAAGUGAAGAUAUGGCGUCUUGAUGAUAACCUCAGAUCGUUUGCAUGCAUUGGACAUAUUGGUAAUGUUAAUGGGUGUAUUGUUAGCAUUGAAAGUGCUGAAGUUGAUAAGCGUUUAGUGUGUUAUGUGUUAGUGUCCAAGGAACAUAAGUUAGGAAGAUGGCUUGGUAAAAUUGAAGGUGCUAGAAACGCUCUAGUACAAUUUGCAUUUGAUAUAUGA